AAUAAAGAGUGAAAAAAGAAAAAAAAAUAAAAUAGAGGAGGGCGCUUGUUUACACAAAAGCAAAAUCCUUUGACAUUGGAAAAACCUGAAACUUCUAUUUCUAGUUGGGAGUUCACUUAACACAAACAGUUGCUUCAGCCUUCAAAUCUCUGUGUUUUGUGGGGGUUUGUUUCCCUGUCUCUUAAUUCAUGGCCACCUCGCUGCUCUCACCUCUAACGGCUCCAAACCCGGAAGCGGUGGGUCCUAACAUCCGGCUGUCGAAAUCGUGUUUCCUCUCCGGCACCAAGCUCUUCUUCUUGAAGCCCCAUCCUCGAAAGCCCACGGCGCACAGAUGCUACACGUCUCCCUUUGCCAAGUCACUCGACCACAUCCCCAAGCAGUUCAGACAAGAAAAUCUCAAAGAUGGAUUGAUGGACAAUUUUAAAAAUGUGCCGCAAUAUCUUUAUGGUCUUAGUCCUUCACAAAUGGAUAUGUUCAUGACUGAAGAUAAUCCCGUCCGUCGACAAUCAGAAAGAGUUACUGAGGAAAGUAUCUCAUCUGCUAGGAACUAUUUGGAUAAUGGAGGGAUGUGGAGUAUGUCAGGCAGUAAUGAUAGAGGUCCUUCAAAAUAUAGUAUGAGUGUAAGCAUGUAUCGUGGAGGGGCUAGAGGAUAUGGAAGGCCUAGAACUGCUCCUCCUGAUUUGCCUUCAUUGCUCUUAGAUGCUCGGAUUUGUUAUCUUGGAAUGCCAAUUGUACCAGCAGUGACUGAACUUCUUGUUGCUCAAUUUAUGUGGUUGGAUUAUGAUAACCCUUCAAAGCCUAUAUACUUAUACAUUAAUUCAUCUGGGACACAGAAUGAGAAGAUGGAGACUGUUGGAUCAGAAACUGAGGCAUAUGCUAUAGCAGACACCAUGGCUUACUGCAAAGCAGACGUCUACACUGUGAAUUGUGGCAUGGCAUAUGGUCAAGCAGCAAUGCUUCUAUCUCUAGGAGCCAAGGGUUUUCGUGCAGUACAGCCAAAUUCAUCCACUAAGUUAUAUCUGCCCAAAGUCAACAGAUCAAGUGGGGCUGUCAUAGAUAUGUGGAUUAAGGCCAAGGAACUCGAUGCAAAUACUGAGUACUACAUUGAGCUAUUAGCAAAAGGCACCGGGAAGACCGAGGAAGAAAUUGCUAAGGAUGUCCAGCGACCUAAGUAUUUCCAAGCACAAGAAGCCAUAGACUAUGGCCUUGUAGACAAGAUAAUUGAUUCCAGGGAUGCUGCAUUCGAGAAAAGGAAUUAUGAUGAGAUGCUUGCUCAAUCAAAAGCAAUGAGGAGAGGAGCUGGAUUUGGUCCACAAGCAGCUCCUUCCGGGUUUAGGUGAUCAAAAAGUAUCAGUAUAGCAUGACUAUACAUGAAGUGAAAACUCUCUGCUAGUUAGCUCUUUUGUUCAAUAUCCCAUGCUAUGCGUAGCUGGUUAUAAUUUUUUAUUUGAUCAGGCUUUUUACCCACAGUGCAGAAAUGACACUGUCCAAAACUGUAGACAGGCUGCACUUCAGCUUUGUAUAUCUAUAUUUCGGAUGAAAUAUAAUGUUAAAUUACGUCUAAAAAGAGGUUCAAGAUUUUGUAUUGCCAUGCUUUAGUAAAGCAAAGAACCAUUUAAGUCAUCUGAUGCAUCCUAAACAAGGCUGGUUCAGAGGUUUCAAUGCACUCGACAUUAUCUUAUAGUAGAAAUCUUGUCUUUUA